UGACUGGCCGUUGGCCGACUGAUCCUCCCCGCCUUAACAACGGAACCGGUCCACCGAUCAGUCGUUGUCAACCAAUGGAAUUAUGCCAAUUCACUUCCGCUCUUUUUCUUCUUUCUUGGACAGCACGUUGUGAUUCACCGCCUCUUUCCCAACAGGGGGUUGCUGCUUUUUGAAAAACUAUUUAUGCAAAGUAAAUAGAUCACUGCUGCUCAGUACGUGUCAUCAAUCCGCGUAGGGUUCUAUUAGCUAGAUUUGGGUCUGGGUUUGGUGAAUGGUCUGAAGCGCCUGGGUUGGCAAGAGAGUGCUAUACAUGUUAAUCUUUUGGUUAUGAGGAUUUGAUUGGUUAUCUUUACCAAGAGUUUGAGAUUACCUUGAAGAAAUGCUUGUGUCUUCUCUUCUAACGUCUCUGGGAAUCAAUUUCGGCCUGUGUAUUUUAUUCUUUAUGUUGUAUUCUAUACUGAAGAAACAGCCAGGUAAUUUUGAAGUUUAUGCACCACGCUUGCUGGCUGAAGGAAAGUCUAAAAGGAUAAGCCAUUUCAACCUAGAGAGGCUCUUACCUUCUCCUGGUUGGGUGAGAAGGGCAUGGCAGCCUUCAGAGGAGGAAUUAUUAUCAUCCUCAGGCUUGGAUACAGUGGUUUUUAUGCGCAUUUUCAUCUUUAGUUUCAGAGUAUUUCUGGUUGCUGGGAUUUUAGGGAUCUUUGUUCUUCUUCCAGUGAAUUGUGUGGGAGAUCAGCUUAAGUCCAUAGACUUCUCUGAUUUUUCAAAUAACUCGUUGGACUUAUUUACCAUUUCAAAUGUAAAGAAUGGCUCAAAAUGGUUAUGGCUUCACUUCUGCUCUGUAUAUAUUGUCACUGUAUGGGUCUGUUAUCUUCUUUACUAUGAAUAUAAAUAUAUUUCUUUGAAAAGGAUUGCUUACUUUUAUUCAUCCAAGCCACAGCCACAUCAGUUUACUAUCUUAGUUCACAGUAUCCCUGUUUCUGCUGGGAGCAGUGUUGGUGACACAGUUGAAAAUUUUUUUACCGAGUAUUAUCCUUCUACAUAUCUAUCAAAUGUGGUGGUUCGUCGAACAAACCGACUUCGGGGUCUUAUUACUGAUGCAAAGAAAUUGUAUAAAAAACUUGUUCGCUUACAAUCAGAGCCUAAUCAACCAAAGCUUAAGCGAGGUUUCUGUUUUGGGCUGGUUGGCCAGAAGGUUGAUCUUGUGGAUCAAUAUGAAAAGAAGCUAGAAGAUCUAGAGGAGAAUGUAAGAUUGGAGCAGUCAGAGGUUUCAUUGGCAGAGGAAGAUGUUCGAGCUGCCUUUGUGUCCUUCAAGUCUCGUUAUGAUGCUGCAAUUGCUUUUCACUUGCAACAAUCAAUCGAUCCUACACAGUGGGUCGCACAGCAAGCUCCAGAACCUCAUGAUGUUUACUGGCCUUUCUUUUCUUCAUCAUUCAUGCGACGAUGGAUUUCUAAACUGCUGGUCAUAGUUGCAUUUAUUCUUCUUACAAUUUUAUUUCUUAUUCCUGUUGUCAUUGUGCAAGGUCUUACCAACCUGAAUCAGUUGGAAACUUGGCUUCCCUUCUUGAAAAGCAUUUUAACCAUAACUAUUGUCAGUGAAGUAAUCACAGGAUACCUUCCCAGCUUGAUACUUCAGCUGUUCCUGAAAGCAGUGCCUCCAAUAAUGGAGUUCUUUUCUUCCAUUCAAGGAUACAUGGCCCUUAGUGACAUAGAAAAAAGUGCAUGCAACAAAGUACUUUGGUUCACAAUUUGGAAUGUUUUUUUUGCAAACGUGCUUUCUGGAUCAGCUUUAUAUCUAAUUAACAUCAUUCUUGAUCCUAAGAAUAUUCCAGCAAAGCUAGCUGUUGCUGUCCCUGCACAGGCAUCGUUUUUCAUUGCUUACGUUGUCACAUCAGGAUGGACGGGCGUUUCAUCGGAACUCUUUCGUGUGAUCCCUUUUAUUUGCAGCUUAAUAAGAAAACCUUUUGUGACAAGUGAAGAUGAUGACAUUGAAGUUCCAUCUAUUCCCUACCAUAAAGAAAUUCCAAAAAUCCUUUUCUUUGGUCUUCUUGGUAUAACAUAUUUCUUCCUGGCUCCACUGAUUCUGCCCUUCCUUUUGGUGUACCUAUGUCUUGGAUACAUCAUAUUCCGUAAUCAGUUCUUAAAUGUGUAUGCUCCCAAGUAUGAAACUGCAGGGAAGUUUUGGCCUAUUGUCCACAAUUCAAUGAUAUUUUCUUUGGUACUGAUGCAUGCCAUUGCAAUUGGAAUCUUUACAGUGAAGAAGCUCUCCUUAGCGUCAACUUUAAUAUUUCCACUUCCAGUCCUCACACUUCUCUUUAAUGAGUAUUGUCGGAAACGGUUCCUUCCCAUUUUUAUUGCUUACUCAGCUGAGUUCUACUGUCUCACCACUGUAUGGUUCAAGGAAAAAGGACAAGGAAACCGAAGGGAAAAAAAAUUGGGGGAAACAGUAUCUGAUGGUGUAUAUUGUUUCUUCUUGUUAUUUGGAAAUAUGGACAUCAGAAAAGGAAAUAGAGUGAGUUUGAUAAAGAGGGACAGACAAGACCAGAAUGAGCCUUCAAUGGAUGAAUUUUUCCAUGAACUGGUUACUGCCUAUCAGGAUCCUGCUCUCGCACCAAUUCAAUACUCUUCAAAUAGGGACAGCCUUACCAGUCCCCUUAUCUCUUCUGAUGUUUGAGGCUGGGUAUUGGUCAGCAUUCCAUGAUGCUGAGGUGACUUAAAACAGUUGGUGUGCAUUAUGUUGUGAUGCUUGGAUUUUCUUUAUGAGCAAGUGCCUAAAGGAAAGCACUUCCCUCAUUGUGUUGGGGGUCAUCUUAUCCAAUUUUUGUAGAUUGAGCAUAGGCAUGCAAAGCAACCAUCUACUGUUGAUGAUGAGCUGUGUUCCAUCCAGAUGGAAAUGUGGACUGUCAUGAACUAUUGAUGAAUGCAUAUGUGGUAUCUCAACUCAUCACUUUCUCUCUUCUCUUCUAUGCUUCAUCAAAAGUUGGCAAAUGUACCAACUGUGUGCAAUGUAAAUGAGUCACUAAAAGUUCACUGUUUGCAAUAUGAAUGGUGGAUAAAGGUUGUUGACUAAUAACAUAGGAAAUAGGAAUAAAACUUUUAUCUCCAUUUCUAUUA